AUUCAGUCUUGUCAAGACAGAACGCUUUGAUUCAAACACGUUCAUCAGAGCAAUCAUAGCGCCAUAUCCCUUCUUUUGACCUACUUGCAUUGACCACCUCCCCCCACUUGUAAACUUGACCUUUUACCCCGCUCGUUCCGUAUAGAAUAUGCAUUCUCGUUCCAAAUCGGCUGUGGUUGUGGCGGCUGCUGGGCUCUCUACGUUGGCCAGUGCUCGACCUCAAUCAUGGCAGGACUGGUCGUCGACGACGACCACUACCACAGUACCUGAGGUGCCUGCUUCCAGUGUCUGGGAGGAUUGGUCAACAACGACCACUACGACCACCGUUCCAGUUGUGCCUACCACUACGACAACUGAGAAUUGGGAGGACUGGAGCACGACCACCACAACCACCGUGCCAGUCGUCCCUACCACUACGACAACUGGGAAUUGGGAGGACUGGAGCACGACCACCACUACCACCGUGCCAGUUGUCCCUACCACUACGACAACUGGGCAUUGGGAGGAUUGGACCACCACCACCACCACCACCACCACAACUGUGCCAGUUGUCCCUACCACUACAACGACUGAGCAUUGGGAGGAUUGGACCACUACCACCACCACCACAACUGUGCCAGUUGUCCCCACCACUACGACAACCGAGCAUUGGGAAGACUGGACCACCACUACCACCACCACAGUCCCCGUGGUUCCUACAACCACCUCAGAAUCACACUGGGAGGAUUGGACAACCACAACGACGACUGUUCCAGUGGUUCCUACCACCACCUCAGAAGCCCAUUGGGUUGACUGGACAACUACUACCACAGUCCCUGUAGUCCCUACCACCACCACAGAAGCACAAUGGGGUGAUUGGACGACUACGACCACUGUCCCUGUCGUCCCUACCACUACCACAGAAGCACAAUGGGUUGACUGGACGACUACGACCACUGUCCCGGUGGUCCCUACAACCACUUCUGAGGCCCACUGGGAGGACUGGACAACCACAGUUCCCGUAGUCCCUACAACUACCACCGAGGCUCAGUGGGCUGAUUGGACCACUACUACCACCGUCCCUGUUGCUCCUACAACUACCACGGAAGUGCAGUGGGUUGACUGGACCACAACCACAGUUCCUGUGGCUCCCACGACCACUUCGGAAGCACACUGGGAAGAUUGGACAACAACGACAACUCCCGUGCCAGUUGCUCCCACAUCGGAAGUCUGGAAUGAUUGGUCAUCCAGCUCUCUGGUGACUGUUGUGACCACCUCGUCCGUCCCCGUCGCCCCCAUCACCACUUCUGUCAAGCCUACCACAUCCAUCAAGGCAAGUUCGACUUCGACUGUCCCGGCCGCGGUCAGUGCCUUCACCGGAGCUGCUUCCAAACAGACAUCUGGAGCCGCCGCUGCUGUCAUUGGCGCCGUUGUUGGCUUGGUGGCAAUGCUAUAGAUCGAUGAAAGGAUGACCAACGCCGCCCGUUGAACCGUCACGUCCCUCGACCACCCCAAACCCUUCAGGAUUGAUUAUCACCUCCAUCUUCCCAUCCACACAACCCUAUCCACCCACCUCCUACCUUUUCAUUACAAUUUUCUUCUUUAUUUUUACACUGAGAGGCAUACUUACUAAUUUUUAAUACUUUGGGUUUUUUGUUAUGAAUUUUGACGCGAUAAUGUGGCACAACGAAAAACCGCUACAACACCAAGAUCAAGACAAAGAACCACGCGACAUAUGGGGCACACGCUUGAUGCAUCGAAAAAGAAAGAACCACUACAACUAAUACACGAAGACUGGAACCACGGUACAAAAGGAUGAGCUGAGCAUCAAAUCAACAAUGGAUGGAAUGAGUAUGAAGGAUGGAGUGCAGUUUAGGAUUGAUCUCUUGAUUGCAGAUGGGCCCUUGGCUGGCACCGUGAUGGUAGAUAGUAUGAUAUUUAGAGAAAUGAUCAAUGCAAUGAAUACAAUGCAACGAUUUCAUCCCAA